UCGGCCGAGACGUUCGACUCCCUAUGCACUCCCAUACCCAACCAAAUGGCCAGGCUGGGUUGUCCUUCAAAGGAAGUUCCAGAUCCUCUCCGGCCACGCGACUCGUCUUUCCGUUUUCCGACUGAGAAACCCUCGAGCAACGAUUGCGGUUCCUCCGUCUUGUGCGGUCUCAACCCAACUGGCCCACCGUUUCCUCCUGGUGAGGACAAUAACAUGUCCUACAGGUAA